AUGGUCGUUCAGUCGCAGAUCACUAUUAAGGUAGCCGACUACCCACACAAAGAUGUAAGCCCGCUAUUGGACCAUGAAGACUUCGUGUAUAUCAAAGAUUCCAAAUACCAUGUGAAGUCUGGAAUUGCAGGAAUUCUCACGAAGCCAGAGUCGCUCAAAUUUAAGAGCUUUGCUGAACAAGUGAAAAACGAAUCGACGUUUUCGUUGCCAACCCAUAAGUUGAUCUUGGUUUUGCACGGUGAUCAGGCUCAUAAAAACUCCACUUUCCAGCCAAUGCUUGCAGAUAAAUUAAGCAAGCUAGGUUAUUACGUUUUAAGAAUCGACUUUAGAGGGCUUGGUGACUCUGAAGACAACUUUGACCCGAAAAUCGGAAGAACAAUUGAACAGGACGUAGAGGAUAUUACGUCUGUGUAUGAUUUUGCUCAAAGCGACGCAUGCGAGGCUUGGUUGGGACGUACGCUUACGUUGGACACGAUCAUCGCACACUCUCGUGGUGUUCUUUCCAUGUUUGAGUUUGCAAGAAGUCACUAUGUUCCUAAUAUCAUCAACUUGUGCGGAAGAUUUGAUACUGGGGGAUUGCUACAAAAAGUGAGCAAACUUCAUCAUGAAUGGGAAAAAGAUAACGGUUACUGGUGCAAUACUUUAAGAUACGGUAAAUGGACUGAUAUUUGGAUUCCAAGAAACGAGACAUUGAGUGCUGGUUCAAUUGACACUUCGAAAUUUACUGAGGUUGACGAUGAAACUUCCAUUCUCUCUGUGUACUGUUCUAACGAUACCGUUAUCCCUAUAACAGCCGCUGCAGAAUACAGCAAGCUGUUCCAGGGUAGACAUACCUUGGAAAUUGUUCCUAAUUCAGAUCACAACUUUUACGGUUUACCAAACGAUCCUAAUGUUUUUGACUUGCCGAUUCGUAAAGGUAAAGUCAAUUACAGUUAUUAUCUUAUGGAAAUAUUAGUUCCGCACUUAAACCAAGAAAGCCAAAUUAAUAGAUUCUGCCACUCGCACAAGCUUGUGAGAUCUAGACUAAAUCCAGGUGACUUAAGAGAUCGUUGGCCUUUGCCAUUUGAAUUCUCACACAUUUCUAACUUUAGAGAUAUUGGUGGUUAUAAAACAAAAUCUUCGAAGCAAGUGAGACCGGGAAUUAUGUACCGCUGUGCAAACCCAGAUCAGGCAACCCCUGAAGCCAUAAAAUACAUGAAGGAGAGGCUAUAUGUCAAUAAGAUAUUUGAUCUGCGUGCUUUGACUGAAGCCAAUGAAGGCGGUAUAAUUUCCGGCUUUGAUGUAGAGAAUUUGGCAUUCAACAAUAACAUGGUUCUCAGCCCCGAAGAAAUGGCUAAGCACUAUGAAGGAAUGUUUUUGUCAUCCCAUAAGUUCCCUAAAGCGUAUGAAAUUGUUUUGCGUAAUAGUUUCCCAAGUAUUCGUCGCUUUUUCGAAUACGUCUUGCAAGGGGAAGUCGACGAAAAGCAUUCUGUUGUUUUCCACUGUACGGCAGGUAAAGAUCGUACUGGAUUAUUGGCAAUGCUAACAUUGGGAAUUGCUGGUGUUGAUGUGGAUACCAUCGCUCGCGACUAUGAAUUGACUACAAUUGGUUUGAGAACAGAAACAAGACUUAUUGAAAAGAUUAAUAAUCGUGGUGACCAAUUCUACGUAAUGCUAGGUCCCGAUGGUCGUGAAAAGGCUAGGAUGUAUGGUUUGGAUCCUGAACGUAUGGCUAGACACGUGUUAUCUUCAACCUACGAAGCCAUGCGUAUUUUCAUAGAUCAGUUUCAUCAACAGUACGGAUCAUUCAAUAAGUUUUUUAUCAAUCAACUUCAAUUUACUCAAAAAGAAGUCGAUACUAUCAGGGAAUAUAUCACAAUCUAA